AUCAUAUCAUAUCCAAUCGUAUUGUUUCAUAUCUUAUCCCAUUGUGUCUAAUCCCCAUCAGGAUGCUCUGAGGUGACACUGAACUGCUCUUUCAAAACUGCUGACAGAUUUUAUUCAGUCUCCACCAAUAAAAUAUUCAUGUCAAAGUGACACUGUACCAAAUUAAAUUAACACAUUUCAGAUCUACCCUCAGACAUAAUUAUCAAAAUUAACUUUGAUUCCAAACAAACAGAGCCAACACACUUUAAAAGAAUAAGAAACAUGACCUACAAAAUAAGAUAUACAGAUAAAUAACAACUGCAGAAAAACAGUUUUUUAAGAGACUCUGUACAAACAAAUACUGGAUCAUCCCCAUUAAUUAGUCCGUUUAAGAAGGGAGUCUACAUGAACCUUUUGUUUACACAUCACAAACACACACACGAUAACCUACAGACAAAAAUCUGUCGAUACACACCUGGUUUCUCUCUGCGGUCGGUCAGAACAGAAGGUCCUGUGUCGUCUCUCUGUCCUCUGUCCUGAGCUAAAACCUGGGUUUGAAGGAAAGAAGCCUCUUCUUGCUCUUAUCAUUGCUUAAACUUCGAUGAACGGAGCAGAUAUCUGCUGUUUUUACUCCUGAACCAAUGAGGAGAUCAGCUGAGGGAAAAAGUCUGCCCUGAUUUCUUCUUCUCUCAGGCAUGCAGCGACCAAACAGGAAAGUAGGGACUGGUUCAGUGACAUUCCCCGAGGCUGACUCUGGAUCUGUUGUUUAAAAGUCUCGUUCUCAUUAAGUCCUCAGACUCCUAUUGUUAACAGGCCUGUAUGUAUCUACUGUUAAUGACUCCUUCAAGUCAGGUGUAGCAGUGAGGGUGCGCCCAAAACACCAGGCCUCUAAAACUGAAGCAGCCAAGGAAGUCAGCCGACAUUGUUUAACUUUUUGUUUUUUGUUUCCUGAUUACAUCUGAGCUGUUCGCACCUCAACCUCAAGUUUAUCAGAAGAGAUGAUUCAGCGCAACAUGUUCCACACCUGACACUGAUGUUAUGCUGAGACAAACCUCUGCGGUCUUCAGCUGGUGUUCUUGCUGACAUGAGAAGUUCAGCUUGUUUGUUGUUCCCUGUUUGUCUCAAACCCCCAAAACUUGAAGAAAUUGAUUUGAAGUGAUCUGUUGUGGUUUUAGAAUUGUUUUUCUCUUUGUAAUGUCUAAAAAAACUUGGUUUGUUCGCUGCACUUUGACUUUUACAUGAGGGAGAUCUUUCAUGAGAGCGUCUGGUUAUUUUUUAUUUCUGAGGUUUUGGUGUCGGAUUCUUACAGACCAUGCAAACACAAACUAGAUUUCACAAUAUGUGCUUGUGUGUAUUUUAAAAAUGCAUAUUUGGUUUAAGAAGUUUGAGAACUGUGAUUGUGCGCCGGUCUGCAGGGGCAAUGACAGGAACCCUAUGCCCUGUGCAAAGAUGUGAAAUCCCCCUCACAUACACACGUGGACAAAAUUGUUGGUACCUUCGGUCAAUGAGAGAAAAACCCACGAUGGUCACAGAAAUAACUUGAAUCUUACAAAAGUAAUAAUUAAUAAAUAUUCUAUGAAAAUUAACCAGUGAAAGUCGGACAUGGCUUUUUAACCAUGCUUCAACAGACUACUAAAAAAAAUAAAAUCAUGAAACAGGUCUGGACAAAAAUGAUGGUACCCUUAACUUAAUAUUUUGUCGCACGACCUUUUGAGACAAUCACUGCGAUCGAAAGAUUCCUGUCACUGUCAAUGAGACUUCUGCACCAUCAUUUUUGUCCAGACCUGUUUGCUGAGUUUAUUUUUUUAAAUAAUUCUGUUAAACUACGGUUCCAAAUUAAUGCCGAAUUUCAUUUUUUCCUUUUCAUAGAAUUUUUAUUUCUUACUGCUUUUGUUAGAUUCAAGUUAUUUCUGUGACCAUUGUGGGUUUUUCUUUCAUUGACCGAGGGGUACCAACAAUUUUGUCCACAUGUGUAGAUCCUGUAGAAAAAUACUGCUGCGUGCUUUAUGUAUAUAUGUAUAUUUUCUACAGUAUUUUUCAAGCAAUUUCACGGUGUUUUAGUUUUUUCAUGUUCUGCAUUUUGCACUAAACCAUCAGGAUGGAUGGAGGGAGUGGAGUUGGUGCCUUGCUCAGUGGUUCCUCCAUGUGGCAGAAUCAGACACUGUUCCUAACGCUGCUGUUUCCAGACCCUUCAGAGAGACACACAAAAGUGACGAUUUCACUCCCUGUGACAUUUAUUUAAUGUUUUUUUCAGUCUCUGUUUCCACGGGUGAGGAAAUGCUGAAACAUUAGGUAAGCGUUUUUCUGUCACACCCCCAUUGGUCGACAUGUGACGCUCACGGGGGCGUGGAGCCGGACUGACACCCUAAUGUGAGCUCCUCUCCUCUCCUGUUUGUGCUUUUUAUUUAAAUAUAAUCUAAAUCAAGGUUAGUUAUUUCUAUUUUCACGCUUUCUGUGUCAAUUUUAAGAACUGGAUGUUAUUCUUCUGCUCCAGUCUGCAUCACAGGACCCUCCCUCCUCCUCCUCCUCAGUCUCUCCUCUUCCUCCUCCAUCCCUCCUCCUCACAUUUUCCCGGCGCUGCUGCUGCUGCUGUCUGCGGGCUCUCCGUGCGGCGCGCCGCGGCCAUGGUGGACUCUCCGGGCGCGAUGAAGAAGACCUUCUCGGUGCCGGAGAUCAAACCGCUGGACCAGUACGACUUCAACCGGGCCAAGAUCUGCGCCAGCGUGCGGUGGCUGCUGUCCAAAUCGUACGGAUCUGCAGGUAUACGCGCUUUUUUCUCCACGCAUCUCGCAUCUCCGAGAGGCUGCUUGGGUGGGGCGCGUAAUAAUUGAUGAUGGUAUAGUCUAUAUGAAGCUGUUGGAUUGAUUUGGAUGUCCAGGGGGGAGCCUCCAGCAUCCUCCUGCAGAUCAUCCAUCCUCAUCUGCCUCCUCUCCGCUGCUCCAUCUGCUCCUCCCUGCAUGCGGGGCUGUGCAGCUUUAUGUGGGUUACCAUGUUAUUAAUGAGGAGCGUUUGCAGCCAAUUACCGUCAUGCAUAUGAGUCUAGUCGAGAGGGAUCUCCUCGGUGCUGCGUGAUGCGUGGAGGAGCUGGAGGCUGUCAUCGCUGCAGCAACAAAGCCUUUUGUCAGAGCUGGACUCCUCCAGGCCUGAGCGCCUCCAUCAUCUUCAUCAUCAAAUAGUCUUAGGAGAACCACGAGUCCUCAUAAUCUGGAGUUUAGAGAAACAGCUGCAUGCUCAUGAGUGGGCUGCCUGUAUAUGGGUCAGGGCCGCAUAAUAUUUGUGUCAGUGUUACGCACGCACGUUCUGCUAUAGCGCGUGGCACUCCAGUGAAGGUGACAUAGUGGGCUUGGAGACAAUGGAGGAGGUUCUGCUGCAGGAUGAAUGUAGUGAGUGAAGAGGGAUUUUACAGUUUGAUUAAAACAGCACAGGUACAGUCAGCGUGGACAAACAGCACGUGCUCUUAUGUAAGCAGGGGAAGGAGAUACACUCUUCAGAUGGUUGUUAUCUAUUGUUGUCCUGCUGACAUUAACAGAGCUCUCCUCGGGCUGAGUCACAGUUUUAAUGUCAUGUUCAUAUAAAAGUCUCUAAUAGUGUUGUGUUGGAUCACAUCAUAGUGAAGAGCUGAAUGACUGUUUCCUCCAGUUUACAAAGUGUAAGGAUGCCUAACUGCCUAUUGCUGUCCACAUUUCCAAACAUUCUGCUGACGUUUAGUUGACCCUAAGAAAAGUCCAUGUACGGUAAGAACAAAGGACAACAUAUUUUAAGGAGCCUUAGAUGAACAUAUGGAGAGUCCAUAGAGGGAAAUAUCAUGACAGAACAUAUUUUGGGGACCUGAGUGAUGUCAAAAAUGUGUACAAGGUUUUUUGGUUGAGGAAGGUUGUCGGAGGCCCCCGGCUCCAGCAAUCUAACACCAACACAUCCAGUUGCAUGGCUCCACCACUCUAAAGGCUGAUGGGAUUGGCUAAAGAAAAUUCUCCUAACACAAACACUAUGUGAAAUCUUCAUUCUUAUUGAGUUGAUCGUUUUUGGUCACAGUGAAGUUGAAACAUGCGUGUCUCUGUUUUCUUCAAUUUGGUUGAUGUCUCUUUAACUCAUCUCCUUGCAUGUUUCACAUCCCAACUUUUACCCCACUUCUUAUUGUCUUUAUUAUGAAGCUUUGACCAAUCACAAUGAGGUAUCCAACAGAGCUGCGGCUCAGUGGUUGAAGCGGUUGUCCCUCAAAUUAGAGGGUUAAUAAUAAUUAUGCAUCAGAUUUCAUGUAGCGCUUUAUCAGAGACCCUUAAAGUGUUUUAUAUUGGAUACAUCAUUCAUUUGCUCACACAGUCACACCUUGGUGGUGGUAAACUACUGUAGUAGUCACAGCUGCCCUGAAGGAGACUGAUGAAAACAUGGCUGCCAGUUUGCACCUAUGGUCUCUCUGACCACCACACAACACUCACUCAGUGGAGGACACACACUGGGAGCAAGGUGUGUUUAAGUGUCUUGCCCAAGGACUCAACGGACAGAUUCAGGAUAGUGUGGAAACAAACCGCCGGCUUUUCAGUUAUUGGGCAACCGCUUUACUGCGUGAGCUACUGCCAGGUUGAGAUGUUAAUAGAGGCCCUGCUGUUGGGAAAGAUACCUGACCCUGCUAGGGCUACACGAUUAAUCAAUCAUAAAUUUAAAAGAAUGAAAAUCGUCAAAUCGGUUUUCCUCUCUAUCAUGUCUCGCGCCUCCAGGCCACCGUAGGCUCCUCCUUCCUGCGGGAGCGAGGAGCAGACAUGAGUGUGCAGUCUUUUUGUGUUAUUGUGAGUGUUGUUAUUUUCUGCCGUAGUCCUAUUAAAAUUAGAAAUGAGGCCUAGAAACCAGAAUAUGAUGUUAAAUGAUUAACAGAGAGUUAUUUAAUUAAGAGGAAGUAGGGCUGCACAAUAAAUCGAUUUUUAAAUCAUAAUCAGAUUACUUGAUUAUGAUGAUGAUAAAAAUUAAAAUCCUCAAAUGGAUUUUCCUCUCUGUCAUGUCUCGUGCCUCCAGGCCACCGUAGACUCCCCCUUCCUGUGGGAGCGCUCCCCAGUUCCCACACACACCAGUGUAAAGAAACAUGGCGUUUGCAAAAGAAGGCGAUAAUUUCGUGGCUAAACAGGACGAGAGCAAGUCAGUCGUGUGGAAUUGGUACGGCUUUACAGUUUCAGACAAAGAGCAAACCACUCCCCGCUGCAAAGUCUGUCUGAAGGUGGUAUCAACCUGUUCACAUGGAAACAAAUUCAGGAGUAAACACAAAAGUUUUUUGUCAUAUCGGCGUUUCAUCCACACGGAAACAGCUGGUCGACUGUAAAUGUUACUUUUUGAAAAAUAGGUUACAGCGUUACAGCGUCACUUACUGCCUUGGCAUACGCACUACAUCAUUUUCAGUGGUUUUGUUUUGAGAGAUGAUAGAAAAACUUUUUAUUUUUACAGUGAAGUUUGGUGAAGUUGUCACUGAAUAAAAAAAUUGAGUGUCAGAAAAAAAAAAUCUGGAUUUAGUUUAAGGCCAAAAUCAUGCAGCCUUUAGAUGUGAGAAACACCUUAAAAAUAAUAAAACCGCCAUAUUCAAAGUGCAAUCAGCAACAUUUCCAAAUAUUUUUGAUAAUAAAUGAAACUGAAUGAUUAAAAAUCAAAAGUCAGUGACAGACCGUCUUUAAUCACUUUAUUGUUUCAGUGCCGAGUCUCGAUGAUCCACUCGAUGACCUUGUCCGCUGACUAACAGUGAUGUCACUCUGCAGGCUAAUAAUGCUGCUGUAGUAAACUCUCAUAUCACUUCUUUGUGUAAUAAUCCGUGUUUCUGAGCUUCAGACUGAAUUUCGUGUCAUGCUGGUGUCCGGUCUGCCUCUCAGCGGAGCAGGAGGAGAGAUGAGCUGAAAACCUCCCAGCAGGACGCUCCAUUGUUGUCUGUCAACUGGAAAAUGCCCAGUGGGUGCCUCAUUGAUAUUUAAUGGAAGCCCAGAAGAAAAUAGCACUAAUAAAAACCCCACAUGGGGUCCAAAACACACACACACACGCACACACACACACACACACACACACACACACACACACACACAUAUUUAUGAAUCAGCUGAGAUGGAUUUUUCCCGACAGGGUCUGAGGAUGACUCCUCCAAAAAAAGUAUAUAUGUGGAAGAGGGAAUAUUAAUGAAGGCUGUGUCUUUUUGUGGAAAAAUAAUCGGCUUUUACUCCGUGGAGUGGAGAAGGAUUUUGUGAGGAUAAUACUUCAUAACUUACUUUAGCUCCACACUUUAAUUAAACCAGGAAUUACCUGACUGGGAUUAGAGACGUUUGCUAUCCCUCAAGUUUUUACUUCUAUAUAUCUGUCGACUUUUGAGGAUGAUUGACCCAAAUCACAGAUAAAAAACAACACUUAAGUUCACAGCUGCUUAUGCCAAAACUAUUCCUAUAAUAAUUAUAAUAAUAAUAUCUCAAAAAGCUAAACUAACUCCUGUGUCUCUCCGUUGUAGCGAUCCAUAUUAAUGAAGGCAUCAUUAUUGUUAACUCUCUAAUUUAUUCAACCACAGUAGGCAGCUGUUUUCCCAUAAAAUCGACCAUAAAGGAGCUAAAAAGACAGAUAUUGUCCCGAUUUGCUGGUGGAGACCAAAACCAGAGAUAAAAACUGGUAAAAGUCGAACAAAAACACUUUAAAUACAAGCUCAUGUAAGAGUGGAAACUCUGUAGGUAGGAUCCAAGUGUGGAUUAAGACGUUCAUCAAUCACUUUAUCAUCUUUAAAGUUUAAGAACAAAUGUUAUUUUGUAAAACUGUAAAAGUGCUGUAAAAAUUAGGUUUACUCUUUUAUUUAAGUUCCCAAACCAAGUACGGUGGCCUUUCAGGUCAAACUGUGAGAUUUUGCUGCUUUUUUUUGCUGUAUUUGAGCGUAAACUCCAGUCUUUUGUAAAGAAAAGGAAUUUAAAGACUCUGGUUUCAGCUCUGGGAAAUCAUAAUUAUCAUUUUUUCAGACAAAAAGAAUCAAUUAGUCGAGUUUGACAAAAGCUGUUUGCUCCGAACUUGUUAUGGAGGUAAAAUUUAAAUGACUUCUUCGUGCAUGGUUCCUCUUUCCUGCACAGCCACGUUUUUUCUGCGUCACUCCCUCCUCCUGGAAAUGAAUCAGUGCUAAUUUAAAUGGGUUAGCUGGUUCCUGCUCUGCAGUCCAGUCUCAUCGUCUCUGCCAUGAUUGAGACAGAAUGGCCGCUUUCCAGUUCCUCCAUCCCCAUAGCGACAGCAGUCCUAUUUCCUCCCCGGAGCUGCAGAGUGUGAAAGGCGAGGGUUUAACCCCCCUGAACAGCGAGUGUGUUUCGCUGCAGUUGUGUUUUAGCGCUGACGCAGAUUCAUUUUCUCUUGAAUUCCUUGUUGUUGUGUUUUAAUUUCUCUCCUCUCGACGACGAGGGGAUGGGUGGAAGGAGUGACAGUUACAUAAGCGGGCCUUACUCCAGUAGGUUACAGACAAAGAGGAGCAGUUGUAGCUCUCAUUAGGAGUCACAGUGAGAUGCGCACAGACGGACGCAGGAGGAGAAGCGAACAGGCAAAAGCUAAGAGGGGAGGAGGACUGACUUUUGUAGUAAAUUGAAGCGAUGUAACCGCUGAUAUUCCCUCCUAGAAGUCUGAUCCAAUCUGCGGGAUUAUCCCAACUCCUCCUGCAGCCUUCCAGAGCCGGAAUAUGGGUCAGUCAGGGAAGUGUAGGUUUUUGUGUCCGCGGUGCGUGUAUGUCUAUGACGUGACCCACUCGUACUGGUCUUAACAUGGAAGUACACACACUCACUUGUCUGGGGGACCUCGGCUGAGCUGUUCAUGCACAUGAUGGCAUUAUCUCCUCCUGCAGGCUCUGUAAAGUCAGACACUGUCACUUACUGUCACCUCGUUUCCAGAGUUCACUUUGAUUCAGUGGUUAUUUAGUUUACUCCUCCUCCACGGAUAUUAAAGCAGAGCUGCAGUUUGUGUGACCUCUGUAAUGUUUACAACGCGACAAAGCCAUCCUCUGCAUUAGUAAGCAUCCCUCUGUUUUCCGGAGAACAGAGCAGGAAGGCUGACUCAUUUACCCCUCCUCCUAUACCUGCAUGGAGGCCACAAACAUCCCCCUCCUGCAGCAUCAACUUCACGGUUUACUCUCCUUACAUGCUGCAGACUGAGCAGCACCGCCGGCUAAUGAUCUCUCCCUCUAGAUAAUGAUGGAGUGGACUCUUUCAUGCACUGAAAUAUUCAUCCUAAGCUCUUCUGAGUUCAUUAGCAUGGCUGUUUCCUUCCCCUCUCUGAGCCCUGUGAGUCUGCACAGCAGUCCUUUGAGCCUAAUAGGAACCAUAUCUAUAAUACUUGUAUGUGAUGAUAAACAGGUGUAAUCUUUAGCUCGUCUAAUAAACUGGUGAAGCACAUAAACACUCUCCAGGUUGCACUAAACACAACAUAAAGCUGAAGCAGAUGGAAAUGUCAAUAGUUGUACAAGUGCAGUGUUAACAACCUGCAGUAAUUUAUUUAACAAAAUACGUGAAAGCUUUGACUUUAAGGUGUCAGUGGGAGAUAAAUCAGAGGGUACCGCUGCUUUAGGUUUAUCUGUAGGGCUCCAUAUGUAUGUCUGAUAAUCCAAAACCUCGAGGUAUCGGGGUGUUUUUGUUAUAUCUAGAUUGGUGACCUGAUCCAGAGAAGAAAUCAAAGGUCACCAAAGUCUCAAAGAUCCAUCCUCUGGAAACCAUGAAUGCCAAAUCCUGAUUUUAAUGAGUUAUUUGACAGUUGAAUAAAAAACUUUUACUCCACUAAAGUAAAAGGCGUCAAUUAGGUGUUAAACUUCCUGAUGUCAUGCGUGCACACCAGAUAUUUUAGUCCCAAAACAUCAUCUUUUCAAAGUUUUAGUGGUUUGGAAAACAGUCAACUGUGUUUAAGGAGAAUUGAAAAAAAAAAUGCUUUUUCAAGAUUCAUCCUCAGGGAACCACGAAUAUCAAAUCCUGAUUUUAUGCAAAUCAGCUGGUAAAAUAAUGAAAAAUUAGAUAUUUAAAUACAUUUUUCUUUACCCCAAUAGAGUAAAAGAUGUCAGUUAGGUUAAGUUCGUCUUAUUAAUGUGCAUCCUCUGGAUGUCAUGCAUGCACGCCUGUUAUUUUAGUACGAAAAAAUUCAUAAAGUUUUAGUGGUUUAGAUUUAUCCUCUGGGAACCAUGAAUGCCUCAUCUGGAUGUAGGGUGAAUCAAUCAGGAAAUCAUAGAGUUCAUUAAUUUUAUCAAAGAAUCUAAAUCUUUUACACGCAGAGGAAAUCAGAGGAUGUAAAUGUUUACCGAGUUUUGAAUCCAGAAAUAUUAAAGUUAAAAAAUCGAUUUUCUCCUCUUGGAACCAUGAAAUUCUUUACUGUUGCAUUUCCAACCCCAGAACAGUAUAAAUGUUGAUUCACUUCAAAUCUAAACCAGACUUCUCUCUUUGUAUUCUCAGAAAAUGUUCCCGUGGAGUUGCGAGAGCCGCUUUACAAGGACCAGUAUGAACAAGAGCACCUUAAGCCAUCCGUCUCCAAGCUGCUUCUGUCCCCCGAGAUCUACUGCAGAGUCCAGGCCCUGCUGACCCAGGCUCAUGCCACCUCCCCGCCUGCAUCACAGGGGUCCCCUGCAGACAACUCGGCCCUGCUGCAGUUCCUCAUAAAGAAAGGUGUCACUGCGAAAGUUCAGGACACAGACGUCACAGAGGAGGACCUCAGCCACGUCCCCAUUAAGACGGUGAGUCCAGGGACAGGACUUAUUUAUGCUCCAUUCUUUAUACUCUGAUUCUGAUUUCAUCUCCCCUCCUGUGAUCGGUGCAGAAAGCCCACCUGGCCCUGAUCGAGGCCCUCAUGACUGUGGCUGCUAAAGAGACGGUGGGCCAGGUGAAGAUGGCGGCGGAAGCGGAGCAGAUGGGUGUCGGAGCUCCGUGGGAGAACGCUCUGCUCUUCUGGGUCAACAGGGUGAGAUUUCGCUCUCACCGCCUUCACCAGGGGCCUCAUUUAUUAACUGUGUGUACGUAUGAGGCCCCUGGACUUUAUUUUAUUGAUUUUACUAGGGUUAGAUUUUAAAAGCCAGCGUCCCUCAUGAUAUAUGUUUUCAUAAAUCACCAGAACUUGUGACUUUAACUGAGACUUAGAUAAACUAAAUAAAAUAUUUCUUUCGUAGCUGAACCAGAAGUUGAGAGAAAGCACCGAAGAAGAAGAGCCCCCCAGGUCCCAGACGUGUACAGACCUGCAGCCUGCUCAGGACUCGGUACCUCAAUACACACUCUAACACACACACACACACACACACACACACACACACACACACACACACACACACACAUGCAUGAUGUUUUUACUAAUAACGCAGCGGUCUGUCAGCUUCUAACAGCGCCCUCGCUCUGCUUCUGUUUUCUCCGCCCCUCCCUGGUUUGUCCCUGUCACGCCCUGCUCUCUGGCAGUGUCAGUCCACCCGCUGGUACUGGAAACUAGUCCCAGUAAGUGACUCUUCUGCUCUUUGCCUCUGUGAGUCUGUCUAUCUGCUGUGUUUGGCUGACUUUUAUGUGCUCUCUGGAAAUGCUACCUAUAACUCUAAUCAGUCCUGUUAUGGAAAGUGCUUCUGUGUAUGAUGGUUGUUUAGCAGUUGACCUUUUCUACUGACCAAUGAGAAGCCAGUAAACUGAUGAUUAUGAUCAGCUGAUGAUGUUUAGGAUUUGGUUACACUGGGUCAUCAGUUUCAUCUCAAACUGCCCAGGUUUAUCAGAGCUGAGGGGGAGAAGGAGAAGCUGGAGAGGGAGAUGACCUCCCCGCUCAUUUCCAAAACAACCUCCUGCCCCCUUUUGUUUGCCCCCUUCCUCCCAGCCUCCUCCUCCUCCUCCCCCGUCGCUCUCCUCUCCCUGAGCAGUGACUGUGUGGUGUGGCGGUUCCCAUGAUGACCGGCCCCCUUGUCAUUUAUGCUUGUUUCCCUCUCUCUUGCCAUCCCCCCAUCCAGCAUGCUAUCGCUUUUUGUUUGAAGGAGUCGGGGAAUAAGCCGCCUGUGGUAACGUAUUACACCUCGCUCUUUUCUCACCCUCAUCCUCCACGUCUCCCGUAGCAACGCACUUGACUGACAGACAGACUGACCGACCAAUCGCCACACCUCUCCCACACUCGACUGUCAAUGACUGAAUGACAGACUGCAAACUAAUCACUAUUCCAACCCCGAGGUUGGAUGGAUCAAUAAAACCUCAUUAGCUCUGACAGUAUUUAUCCAUUUAUUUACGUUUUCCUGCUUUUCUUGAAGGUGAAUGUUACAGAGCCAUGUUACAGGAGUGAACCUAACCUCUAUCUCUGUCCUCCUCCAACAAGGCUGUGUCACAUCAUUCAGCAUAAGUUACACUUGAUGCACAGAUUAUUUUGAUUUAUGCUUUUGGGCACAUGAACAAAAAAUACAAUAAAAUAAAAAGUCACCUCUUCAUAUCUGAUAAUGUUCGUUUUCCUGAUCAGGGUACAACCCGAUCCUAGAAAGUUGGGAUGCUGAGUUCAGUGUUCAUUUAAAACAUAAGUGAUGAUUUCCAAAAUCAUUUCAACCCUUUAUUUACAUAAAAGUUGUGCAAAAGGAAAAACUAUGUUUGAUCCAAAAAUCUACAUACCGUAUUUUUCGGACUGUGAGGUGCAUUUAAAAUCCUUAAAUUUUCUCAAAAAUUGACAGUGUGCCUUAUAAUCCAGCGCACCAUAUGUAUGAUUACUUGUCGUGUUCACUAGCUGAUUUAGUGUGGUACAAUGUGCUCAAAAAUCUGUCGAAACGUGUAAAUACGACUUUGGUUAGCAAUGAAGCUGCUCCGUUCAGUGAAUGUUUGGAGCAUUACUGUACGCUGACUGUAAUGUCUAAACUAGGAGUGCAUUCAUGUGAGGCAGCCCGGGCCCGGAAACAAUAUUUUUUUUCAUAGGAUAGUAGGGGAAGGUCCCGCCUCCUUUGCCUCUGAUUGGCUAGAAAAGCUGGAAACAUCAUCACACGCUUAAGCCGAGUGCGGGCUGUCGGCUCUGUACAUCGAACAGAACAUUACAGAACAUUUUCACAAUUCUGAAUCUCCUAACCCUAACUCGACAGAAGAUGAUGUUUCACAGCUAUAAGGAAUACCCAAUCGGAACCCAGCACUUCUCGCCAAUCAGAGGCAAAGGAGGCAGGACUUUCACCUACCAUCCUACGAAAAAAAAUAUUGCGGCCCGGAGUAUGCGCUAGCAACCAUAAACCAAUCAAUGCACCAAUGCUUAAUGCGCCUUACAAUCCGGUGCACCUUAUGUGUGAAAGUAGACACGUGAAUUUGCAGUUUGCUGUAUAAUCACGAAAAAUAUGGUAAUGCCAAAAAGACCCAAGGAAGAGUAAAUGCAAGCUAGUCAAAGAGAUUUUUCAUGUUUGUGAAAUAGAGUGUAAUUUAUAUCGGUGUCUGUUCAUAAUAUCUAAAAGUAAACAAAAGCAUCAGAAAAAAGAUUGAUUAUUUAUUUAUUUUACUGGAUUUAACGACUGAGUAUAAAGCUUUGAGUUGCGCAAUAUUAGAUGAAUGUUCCGCGGCAUUAAUGAGGUUGAGGAUUUCAUUAUUAACAGUAACACAUAAAGAUUCAGAGAAUCUGAAGAAAGGCUAAAAUACUGGUGCUAGAGGACUUUCAGGCAGCAGACAUGACUCUGGAGUAGAAAUCACCGCAUGCGCUCAAAAUUCCCUCCUAAACUCAUCAUCUUUGACCCCAGUUUGUCACUGUGUCCACAAAUGCAGGUUAAAACCACCCCACACAGAGAUAUAACCAAAUAAAUAUGUAAUCUGUCAAAUGAAAAUGUGAGAUUCUGUUUGGAAAUCAUGGAUGAGACUGUCACGGUUUAUUAUCAGUGCUCAUGGCAUGGAUUAUCCAUCUGGGAAUGCUGAACAAACACAGAUUUAUCAGAAACAUAUCAAUGUUUUAGUAAAACAGAUAUAAAGUUCCUGCAUGUCGUCUCUGUUGUCUUUGCACCAUUUCCAAUUAAAUCCAGGGUUUAUAAGAUUUGGAAGCCGCCUCAUUCUGGUUUUUACAUUUUACUCAGACUCCCACUUGCUGGAUCAGGGUUGUCAAGAGUCCACAGUAUCACCAGUUUCUGCUGCAUGGACACCACAGGAGAACAUAUUUUUUUUUUCUCUUUCAUUUUAUAAUUACGAUGUUUUAAUUUUGCAAUGUCUUUCCAAAACCUUUGCAUUGCACCUUUUGGUUGGUGUGUGAGUGUGUGUGCAAAUGUUUCUUAUUUUAGGCAUUGCUGGUCUUGCUUUGAUUCUGUUUUCUUCCCUCUAAUUUCUCUAGUUUGGCUGGCAUCGUAGUUUGAGUCGAUGGUUUUAGUUUUUGUCUGAAAGAAGAACUUUUUUUAAAACAUCAUUUUAACCCUGUGAAAAAUAAUCUCUAUUUUAUAACCAUAAGUUUUUAAAUCGGCUUUAUAAUCCUCAUUUGCCCUCUCUAAUUUCUGCUCAUCUUUGCACACAUCUCUUCCUUUUUAUUCCCUCCUCUCUCUCAUCGCUCUUCUUCUUCCUCUCUUUUCUUUUCUUCUGCAGAUUCGCUAUAGGAAGGACAAAGUGCAGUCCAAGCUGACGCCUACUUUCCCUCUGGUUUCUGCGGUCAAAGAUUUGUCUAAUGGCUGCGCUAUAGCUGCUGUGCUGCAUUUCUACUGCCCCAGCCUGCUGCCUCUAGAGGGUACACACACACACACGCACGCACUCAGACAUUAACACACGUGCACGCUCGUACAUAUAUGAUGAUAAAAGAUUUAUACCUGGCUGAUGUUUGCCUGCAAAGAUGGUCCUGUCAUUAUGAAGCGGUCUCCUUGAUAGAUGUUCUGCUCACUAGGAGAGAAUACAAUGAUUGUAUUUUUAUAUCUGGACUCUUAUUGGAGUUCAGGUCAACAUUGUACAAAAUAGGUAGAAAACCAUAUGACCAUGAUUCAGGGAUGGCAGAAGUUUCCUGGGGCCAAGGCUUUUUUAAAAUGGACCGAGGUUGAGUGGAAAGCUGAUGAAUCCAAAUUUGUCAUUCCUUUUGGAAACAGUGGACACAUCAGUAAGUAUCCCUGAUGGCAGAGGGAUGCUCAAUUACCCGAUGGCAUGGGCCGCUCCCAUUAUCUCUUAACAAUACACACAGACUUUGGAGCAGAGCCUUUUGUUAACCUUUCAAUAAAACAUUCAUAACUUUUCCUCAUACAUUUGUCUAAUAACAUCACAAACUGAAACAUUUCUAUAUUACUCUCCUGCUCCUGACAGAUGUGUGCCUGAAGGACACCAUGUCAGUGGCCGACAGUCUCUACAACUUACAGCUGAUCAAAGAGUUUUGUGAGAGCAGUUUACAGAGCUGCUGCCCCCUGGCUGUGGAGGACCUGCUCUACGCUCCGCCUGUUUUGCAUGUAAGCGUUUGGAUUUACUGAUGAAGAUGCAUCGGUGCAUUAAAAACGAGCAGCUUGAGAGGUGUGGGAUCAAGUUUAUAAAGGGUUUAGAGCUUUUAGAGUGACCAGGUUACCCAUAACAGAUCCUCAGGCUCGGACCUCUUCUUCUAAAAACUUGUGAUCAUUUACAAUCCCACCAGACACUUCAGGGUAGGGCUGCAUGAUUAAUCGAUUUUAAAUCUUAAUCGGAUUAUUUGAUUAUGACGAUGUUAAAAAAAUAAAAAUCCUCAAAUCUCUUUCCUCUCUAUCACCGUAGGCUAGGCUCCCCCUGCCUGGGGAAGCACUCUCCAGUUCCCACACUCACCAGUGUAAACAAACAUGGCGUUUGCAAAAGAAGGCAAUAAUUUCAAGGUUAAAUAGAACAAGAGCAAGUCAGUUGUGGGGAAAUGGUACGGCUUCGCAGUUUCAGAUGAAGAGCAAACCACUCCUUGCUGCAAAAUCUGUCUGAGGGCGGUAUCAACCCGUCCACAUGGAAAUUAAUUCAGGAGUAAAUGCAAAAGAUUUUGUCAUAUCAGCGUUUCAUCUACACAGAAACAGCGUUUCAGGUGACUGUAAACGCUACUUUUUGAAAAGAGGUCAGAGAGUGCAUAAAUCUGUGUGGAUGCCUAUCUACAUCUCUGGAAAUGAUCAUGUGACACACAGCGUAACUCUUUUAUGGCGCCAAAACAACCUUUAUACGCAUGUCUUACUCUUCUUCUGUCUUUUGUGCAUUUCCUGUGCAGCGUUACAGCGCCACUCACUGACUUGGCAUGUGCACUACAUUGUUUUCAGUGGUUCCAUUUCGAGAUGAUAGAAAAACUUUUUAUUAAAAUAAAGUUUGUUGAAGUUCACUGAAUAAAAAAUUGAAAUCAAAAAUCGAGUUUCUAGAGAAAACUCUUAAAUCACCAUUAAAUCGUGCAGCCCUACUUCAUGGUGUAGAAGUUAAAGGUGCCAUCAUUGCCUAUACUGUUUAGUGCACUCAUAAAUACACACGUAUAGCCUCAAUGCUGUCCACUGAUGGGGGAUAGGUUAUGGGAUUGCACUUAGCCUAAUGUGUUUUCCUGCUCAAAGCUGUCCGGUCAGAGCUACUUAAACGACAAACUGAAAGUGAAACUACUCAACAGAUUCUGCAUUAGUUUGUAAAAGGGUAAAUAGGAGGAGUUAUCAGGUGUUGGCAAUCGCCCUUCUGCUCAGUUUAACUUUAAAAAUGCUUCUUUUUGUUGUCUUGUUGAAUCAACGUCACAGAGACUUUGUCCUUAUUCUGCCCCUUCUGAUCUCAUCACUUGUGAGUCACCUCCACAGUAACCCUAAAUUCCUUUUCUUUUCUUCAGUUGAACAUCAUGAGCUUCAUAGCUGAGCUGCUGGAGUGGUUUGAGGUCAAGAAGCCUGAUUUCGUCAAACCCAUACAGCCCGUUGAUCUCACAGGUUUGUGACAUCCAGAACCUUUAUAGUGAGCACUUAAAUUGGUCGUCUGAUGAGUAAAUGUCUUACAGAUGUUCCUCUUACUUUCAGAUGUCUCGGGAUUACUCGACUGCACAAGUCCUAUGAACGGGAACAGUAACAGGUACUAGCAUCCCAUGAGAGAUCAGAAUCCAAACUACAGCAGCAUUUAUCGGACAAAGUCCCUGAUUUGAAAACUGAAUAAACCUCAUAAAAUAUAGUACAAGGAUAUAAAAGGUCUUUUAAAGAUUUUGAGCAUCUACCAAUUUGAUGGAGUUUGGAAUAACGUCACAUUUUAGUGUAAGUUUAUGACUUGGAUUGGCUUUAAGAAAACUCUUUUAUAUUUCAUGUUUCAGUGGAUCUCCUUCCUUCAUCUUUAAACAACCCUUCGUGCCAAUCUCCUCCCCAGUGUCACCAGGUAAGAAAGUAUUCAUGUGCAACUUUGAUGGUUCCAGUUUCACAGGAUGCUCUAGGUUAAAUAUUAAAGCUGUUAAAGUCAGGUUAAGAGACUUUUUAAUCGAGGUUUUAAGUUAUUGUGGAGCAAAACGUAAUAUGUAAUUCUUGCAUCAAUAAAAAGUUUAGCAUCAUCAAAACAUGGUACGCCCACCACCCUGAGUCCACAAGUCAGGCACCAAAUUCUUUCCAAAGUUCCAGAAUAUUGUUAAUUUAUCUGAUGUGCUCCAUAAUGUAACCAACAUUUUAACCAAAACGGACUCUUUUGCGUUUGUCUUUUCAGAAAACAAAAGUUGGACAAAGAAACAGAUCAGGUACUAAAGCGCCUCAGCUGAUAUUUGUAGUAAAUGUUGUGUUGCUUUCAUAUUUACCUUCAUUUUAACCUUCUUACCUUGGCUUCUGUGGUCUCUGCUGUACCAUUUGUGUUUGGCACAACCCGUCCAUUCAUCCACCCCACCAUCCUCAUUGACCUCUCUGCAGUCGUCCUCUGUCAGCAGUGGCUUUCAGCAUCCCAUUUGGACUGGACAGUGAUGUUGACAUUGUCAUGGGAAACCCAAUAGAUUCUGUCUUUCGCUCUGUCAGCUCUGACAGCCUCACCACCGGCAUCCCUGCAAUGACUUCCCCUCCUGAAGACUUCAGCCACCUGGUCAGUGCUUCGGUACCGUCGCAGCGUUCGUCCUGGGGUCCUUACGCACACACAGCACCACUUGGGGAGCUGCCAACCAUUGAGGAGGCACUACAGGUGGUUCACAGUCCAAGCAACAAAGAUCGUAGAAAGGUGAAGAAGCCAGAGAAAGGGGGAAGAGGGCUUCUCGGAGGACGGCCAGAACCCAGGUUACGUCCAGAAGGAGCCCCUGCUGGUUUCUUCCUACACUCCCCAGAAGAGGAUAAUCCCCAGCUCAGUAGCUCUGCUCCAUGUCGCUCUGGGCUCCUCUAUCGUCCUGUUGGAGGAGAAGUGGUUGAAUCCAAAAGGCAAGGAAGGGGAGAGAAGAAGGAGCGAUCAGGACGCUCUUCUGACAUGUCACGUGACGAUGACUCUGUCCUACGAGACGGAAGCGUUGACUCCUCUGAAGCAUCAGAUGAUACCCCGAGAAACGCACCCGGCAAUAUCAGACCGAGUAGCAAUCGCCAAGGAAACCACAGCACUGGCAACAGUCCAAGGAUGACGAGCUUUGCCGAGCGACGAGACAAUAGACGAAGACAUCCAGCUGCUCCAGGGGAGGACUCUGUUUCAACCCCGACAACCCCAGGCACUCCCCAUACACCCUCCACCCCAGCAGGGGCACCAGGCCACCAGGACAGCCCAGGUCCACGAGGCCCUGAACCGGGCUCUGAAGCCUGGGAGUUGGGGGCACGUCUGGAGGAGAAACGCAAAAGCAUUGAAGCCCAAAAGCGACGUAUCGAAGCCAUUUUCGCUAAGCACAGACAGAGGCUGGGAAAAACAGCUUUCCUUCAACUAAAACGAGAGCAAGGAGAGGGAGGAGGUGAGGGAACAGAGGAGGAUAAUCUCACCCUAGAGGAGCGUCUUACUUGCAUGGAAGAGCAGCUGAAACAAGAGGAGGAGAAGGAAGCGAAGGAAAAGCAGGACAAAGAAAAGGAUGGAGAGAAGGAGAAAGACAAGCCAUCUGUGUCCAAUCCUCCUCGCUUAGAGAAGCAGGUCACGUUCUCAAUUGACAGUAAGAAAGGAGCCGAGAAGGAGAAAGGGGGUGAGGGAGUCAUGGUUGAGUACAACGAGGUUGUGCAGAAGUUGAGUGAAGCUCUACAGUCGCUACAGAAGGACAUGCAAAAACUAACAGAGCAGCAACAGCAGCUCAUGAGCAACCAAAGACCUAGGAAUACACCCAAAGCCACUCAGAAAUCAACACCAAAAGGAAAUGGCAAAACUCCUCCUCAUACCCCGACCAAGACACCACCAAGAACCCCGACAAAGACUCCCACAAGGAGUGCCACUAAGGCUUGGAUGAUCCCUGCUGGUCCCAAUGCCCCCUCUGCUUCCUCUCCAUCACGGCGUUCCCACGGUCUUACCUCCCCAAAAACCUCAAUCAUCUCAUCCUCUUGCCCUGCUCCCCGCACUAAGAUCCACUCCUCCACAACCCCCCGCAGCCCCAAGCACCACACACGUACCCAGCAUCAACCUCACCCUCGGCCCUCUGAACUCAAGUUCCCCCCACUCAACCGUGUCCUGACACCAACCCAGAAUGUGGACACCAUCCCUCACUUACGCCGGGUGUCCCCAAGCAAAUGCCAGGUUCAGACUUCCUCUACCUUCCGUAUCGGUGGACCACGGACUCCUCAAGAAGCUCCUCAGCCCAUCCAACAGCCACAGCCUGAUGAUAGCACGUCAGACACAGCCUCAAGCGAGACCCCGACUCAGUUCAGCCUGGAGCUGGAGCAGGAGGACAUGGAGGCUGUAGGAGGGCUGCCGGUCUUUCAACAGCCAAGACAAGAUCGUGCACGGGCUGCAGGUGGAAGCAGCUCUGAAGCACUUUCUGAGUGCUCGUUUGAGAGCGAUACUUUGUCGCUUUCUGCUGCCUACAGUGCAGGAGGUGACGGUGCAAGGGGUGGGGACGCAGGAAAUCGCUGCAGCCUGAUUGAGGUCUCAACAUCCUCUGUUGGAGGCCAAGAGGGAGGCAGCGAUGAACCGACUGACGAAGGGCACGAGUUUUCCUCUGAUUCCAUGAGUGACCACACUGAAUCAGCUGCAGAACCAGCUGCAAGACCGGCUGCUGAACCUUUGGACCCAUUAGAGCAACUGAACCGAGCCAUGGGAAUCAUCAAUUUGCAAGAGCAAAAAGCUGAAUCAGAGGAAGAGCAAACAAGGCAGACUGAGACUGUGGAACCAAGUGGAGAACCGAAUGACCAGGGGCCGAAAGGAGGAAUUCAGUUCUUCUUUAAGGUGAGUGCAAGUACACAACAAUGAAAGAUAAGAAUAUUUGUUCUGAAUGACAGCUUCAUCUUUAUCUGUAUUUUAAUGUGUCAAAAUAUGGUUCUAGGAGGAUGUACAUAGUGAAGGGGAGAUGGCCCAGCGUAGAGCACUCCUGUUGGAGAAACAGCAGAAAAGAGCUGAAGAGCUGAGAAGAAGGAGGCAGUGGCACGAACAAGAAAGGUAUAUUAUAAGCACAAUUAGGGAUAUGAUAAUACCGAAGCCUCAUGAUACAGUCAUAACACGACAGCAAGUGCACGGAAAAAUAUUUAUGUAAAAGCAGGAGAAAAUGUCGCUCUUAGUAUGAAGUCAAGGAGGUGAGAUGAACUCUGCUUUCUUGAGGCUCUCGGUAACUUAAGUAUUUGUCUUGUGUCGGACGAAAGUUUGGCCAUAAUGGGAAUUUAAACUUUGGCUCCAGAUUUUUGACUUACCUUCUAAAUCCUUCAUUGCCGACCACAGUUUAUCACAGUAAUUUGACACUUCUAUCUUGUCUGAACAUUCACAUUUAGUCCAAAGCUCGGCUCCACCUGUGUAAAAGUAACCCAGUUCCUCUUGGUUUCAGGCCAUUAUCCUCAGACAAAAGAGGGGCAUCUCCUUCCAAUACACCCCCUGCAGGCACAACAUCCCCUUCACCUACACCUCCUGCUACACCAGGCCGUCGGGGAGAUUUCACAAGAGGGGAGUACGCAAGGAGGCACCAACUCAGGAUCAUGGAGGACUUGGACAAAGUUCUUCAACAGAAAUCGUCCAACCAAGGGCGAUCUUCCACGAAGAAAAGCCGCUGUAGACCUCGGAGCAUGACCCGGGAGGAGACAAAGCUGUCGCUUAGUCCCGCCAAAGGAACAUCUGGUAAAUACGAAAAAAUGUUAACCAAUUCAGAGAGUUUGUGGAUUUACUCUGUGAUUAGAGUUGCUUUGACAUCUUUGAAUUGGAUUCCCCAGGCGCCAAGUUGACCAAAGUCUACUCUCACUCCUCACUCAACCUGGCAGCAACAGACGAGCCAGGAAAUAAGUCUGCGGACCCCGCCAAGAAACCCCAAAGGUAAAUUGAUGUACCGAUCAACCAUAUUGUUAUUUCUAGUUUGUACAUCUUCAGCCACAAGAGUAACUUUAGAGACACUUUUUCUAUUUUAAUAUCUUAUGAGCUGAACCGUGAGACUCGGCCUAAAAAGCUCCCAGUAAUCUCCACAUUUAGAUUAUUUUGAAGAUAGUUAACGUAUCAAAUUUGGACCUGUGCACCACCUAGGUUACUGAAAAUGUCAUAGCACCAUACCUUUAAAAUUUGCCUAAAUAAAAACCAAAGUGCAGAAACCCUCAUUGUUACCAUUUAACAUCCGUAGAUCUAUGCCUUUAAAUUUUGCAGAUCUGGAUUAUGAUAGGGACAGAAGUAGGUGUUAAAGUAAAAGUCCACCCUCAUGCAUGUUAGGCUUGGUUUGUUUUGAGAGUUCACUUUUUAAACUUUCCAAGUUUAGUGCCAAAAGUCAAACUAAAGCAGGUUUUUAGUCACUGCCCCACCUGUGAGGAUCCAGUGAGUAUUCCAGUCAAGUAUGUAAAACAUGGAAGAUGAUGCCACGAUGGUUAAUUGGUGGAUGUUUGUCCCACAGCCGUCCGGACUCACCCUUGGGAUGUGUGACGCCCAGCAGACUGGCAAAUCAGAACGGGGACAAAGACUGGGAGACUGGGUCCAACGGAACCUCACCUGCCCCUGAAUACACAGGUACAGUUUCACAUCCUACAGUAUCUCGUGAUCUUAUUCGCUUCAUUCUGGGUUUGCAAGUUCUUCAGAAGCAGAGAUGGGAUCUGGUCACGUUUACAACUGAAAACCAUAGACUGUAUUGAGCGUAGAUCUAGUUUGGCUGACUUCCUGCUAUUCUUUGUCUUAUGAAUUGAAAUGAUUUAUCGAAUUAGCAUGGCAUGCAAACACAGAAAACAUUGUGACAUUUUAAAUAAAGGUAAAGUGCAGAUGAGUUAGCGUGAGCAAACAUCCUUGUGUUUGUAUUUACAGGUCCAAAGCUUUUCAAAGAACCGAGUUUCAAGUCGAACAAAUUCAUCAUUCACAACGCUCUGUCCCGCUGCUGCCUCGCCGGGAAGGUCAACGAGACCCAAAAAACCAAGAUCGUUGAGGUAGACUAUAAUUGUUACUGUGAGACUCUUUUAAAGCUAACUGACUUUAAAUAUUACAAACUUUAACUCUUCAUCCUUUAGGAGAUGGAGAAGAGUCCGGCCAACCACUUCCUCAUCCUCUUCCGUGACUCUAACUGCCAGUUCAGGGGCGUUUACACCAUGAACUCUGAAUCCCAGGAGCUCGUACGAUUGGCCGGCGUGGGCCCGCGGACAGUUAGCUCCACCCAGGUGGAGUCGAUCUACAAAUACAGCUCAGACAGGAAGCAGUUCAGCGCCAUUCCCUCUAAAACCAUGGGCAUGAGCGUGGACGCCUUCACCAUCCCCGGCCAUCUUUGGCAAGGAGGAGGAGGCGGCGGGGGAGGAGGAAGCAGGAGAGCAAGCAUCACCAAGAAGGCGGUGGUUACCAAGUGAAGGAGAUUAUUGAAGGAAACACUUUAUACUGUAAUUAAAGUGACAACUGUAAGUCAGAUAUGAAAUACAGGAGGAGGAAGUAACCAGAUCUAAGAUGGCGGCAAAUCUUUCACGUAGAGAGAAAAACAUUACGGUUACAGAUCAUUUAGAAAAACACUAGUAUUGUGGUGAAAUCUGUUAAAGUCUCACAUGAACACAGACGAGCCGUUAGCCAUGUGUGCAUACAAACACCGUACCUCUGUCGCUCUUGGAUUUUACUAGAAAUACAAAAUAUAAAAAAAAGUCAACCCCCCUUUUAAUGUGCAUGAAAAUGACGACAGCACAGCUUCCUUUCCCCAAACAGAGAAAGACGAAGGUUUUAUAAAACGUAAGGUUAACCGCACAAAGAAGAGUUACUUUUAAAAAGUCUCAAUACUUAUACUUUCAUUGUUUGAAGUACAAACUCAAAAGCGAUUUUUUUCUUUUAGAAGAAAACGACAUUUAGAGACGUGAUAACGGUCUGCUCUCUCUCUCUGAGUCUGUGGACUAAAGGCCGCCCUGAACCAGUUUUAUACUCGAGGCCUAGCAGCAGAGGAAAUCCUGUUUUCUGUGGGAGUGAGUGGUAGGACUUUUACCUUCUGUGGCGUCGAAGUUGGAUUCUCCCGAUGGCCACUUGGUUGGUUGAAGCACAUUUGUUUUUUCCGAAUAAAAGCAGCCAUAACCAUGAGGCGUAGAGCGCAGAUGGAACAUCAGAAAUCUGUGAGCGUGUCGGUGGUUUUCAGAGAUGAUCACCACAGCAUGAAUGAUUAUUUACUGUAAGUGGUAUAAGCUCUUUAAAGAAAUCAUAGUAAACUGUAAGGUUUGAUGGAACUAUGUGGUCGAAAGUGGGCGUGUGCAUGAGCAUCAGACGCCGAUGAAACGUCACCCAGCAGUUUUAAUGUUUGGUGGAUGACCUGUCACAUACAUUUGUCUUACAUUUAGGUGAUUGUUGCGCUCUCGAUUGGGAGUGGGUUCAAUAGCCGGACCGCCAUACAGAAUCCCUUAUUGAAUCUUUUUUAUUACAACUUUAGAAAACUGGUGACCCACACAAACGCGUGCCAACCCCACACAGUUGUGACUAACUCACUGUAAACGGUGCAAAGCCUUAACUUCGAAGAUUUGGAUUUCACAGAAAAGGAACCACAGGUCUCACGUUUGAAAAAGACCUUUUCCAGCCUAAUACCGACAUAACACCGUCAAUCUGUGACUUGUUUCAGACCAUCGUUUCUUCAGGUCGUGUUCAAAGUUGCAGUUCAAGGUCGGUUAAUGUUUGCAGAGCACUAGUGUGUAGUCGCUUUGGUCACCUGUGUUUUCUUUACUUAAGCGUCUUCUGCUGUCGUGGUGCAUCAGUGCGAAAUUGCAAAACAGCGGGAUGUCAGAAGUUUACAUAAUCAAAGGUACAGAGUGUAGAAAUGGGAAUAUUUGGAAACGUUCCCUUGCUCGCCCCUCCAGGAUGAGAAGCUCCUGUGAAACACGUGAUUUUACCAUCAAAACAAACAAACACUUGUUCUUUGUCUUCCAAUCAGUGAAUUUCACUCAGACACUUAAAAACAUGUUAUAAGUUUGUCCAUUUUGUGCCACCAUAGAAACAUUCUUAUAGAUACUAUUAUAGUAUCAAACUUCUACUAAGUCUGCUCUGCUAAAUUUCACCAAAUACUACACGCUGUACCUUUAAGCGGAGUUAGAAUUUAGUGUUUUUUAAAUCGUGGAUCUCCCAUCCAAGCUGCUCGAUUGAAUAAAGGAUUCUGUGGAAGAAAUCAGACUUGACCAGAUCUGGUUUCAGAUUUAGUAAAAUGCUGUUGAACCCCAUCUCUAACUUCAGUAGAGUGCACAGUUAAAUUGGUGUUUUUCAGACCAGCAUUCAUGUAUGAAAUUACAAACUGGAUUAAACUCCACUCAUCAAGAUUUCACUGUCUUUAAGUCUUUUUUUUCCCCACUCUGAU